GCCCUCCCUUGAUCUUUCCCAGAGUGCUGCGCGACGGUAAACAUGGCGGUCUCCUUGAGCCAAGUGAUGGGUCCGGGCUGGUGCUCGUUACUCGGAUUUUUAACGUCAGAUCUGCAGUGUGCACGGACUCUACUUAAUCCCAAGAAGAUGUUGACACCCCAGUCCCUGAUCCCAGUAAGGACGAAGAAGCGUCAUUUCAUCCCUCCGUCUGUGUCAGCCAAGCACAAGAGUUUUUCAGAGCAGGAGUCCAUGGCCAAAGCUGCAGGAGUCGUCGUCAGGCAGCAGUACUUGGAGAGAGCUAUCAACAUCACCUGCACAGCUGGAAUUUUAGACCCCUAUGUUCCUCCUGAAGGAGAUUCCCGCUUGUCCUCCCUCUCCAAGGAUGGUCUGAAACAGAGAGCUGAGCAGUUAAAACAGAGUGCUGCCUCCCAGCUCGCUCUCAGGAAGGUUAAGGAACAUGAUAAAGAAUUCAGUACUAAAGAUUUUCCUGCAAAGGCCCAAGAAAUCUUCAUCCAGGCACAUCACAAUCUCACAAACUUCAACAAGGAAAACCUUCAUACAUUGGUUACUGAGAGGUGCUACCCUGAAAUGGUGCGAGGUAAUCGCUUCAAAACUCUGCAAUGGCAGUUUCUUGAAUCCUUGGAGCCUCCACGUGUCGUUCACGUGCGCUGUCCAGAAAUGAUAAAUAAAGGCAAUGUGUAUGGGCAAAUCACGGUGCGCAUGCACUCUAAACAGACAUUGGCAAUCUAUGAUCGAUUUGGGAGGCUGAUGUAUGGCAGUGAAGAUCUGCCCAAAGAUGUGCUGGAAUAUGUGGUGUUUGAGCGCCAUUUAGUAAGUCCCUACAGCCGAUGGAGGAUGCAUGGCAAGAUUGUGCCAGCUUGGGCUCCACCGAAGGACCCGAUCAUUAAGACCAUCAUGAUUCCCAGUCCUGUGGUGAAGCCCUGGGAAGAAUUUGAGGAGAUGAAUUUAAGUAAAGAGAAACCUCAGCAAGUGCAGUGGAACAAAUAAGAGCAGGAAGCCUGCACAGACUCGAGAGGUUCUGCCGUAUGUGAAUAUGGACAUCUGCAGUCUGUUCUUGUUUAAUUUAUCAUGCCAAAAUAAAAAAAAUAUAUAUAUAUGUGAACAUUCUUUGAGUGACUUAGAGUUUGAAAAGGGAUUGCUUUCAGUUGUGUUUGGUAUGUAAAGAUGAAAAACUAAAAAAUAAUAUCUUUUUGGUAGACAGUGAUACAGUUUAAGAAAUUAAACUUUGUGGAGCAUUUGCAGCUUUACAGGAUUGUGUAACUGUCACUCUGCAGUUUUGAAGGCUGUGAGUUCUUUACGUGUUAACUUGUCUCCUUAGACCUCUGCCCCGUGAUUUAUCUUCACAUGAAUUCUUGUAAUUACCAUUCGUUAGAUUUUACUUUGGACAUUUUCAGGCACACACACUCAGUGGGUCAAUUUAGACUUGCUGAACAUGUGGACAGCAGGCCAGCUUCACAGAGCUGAGACGCAGCAGCACUAAGCACUGUGCCACACUUUCUAUGACAAUAUUCUUAGAUCUGAGCACCAACUUGGUAAAAUAAAAGCACAUUCCUAACUGCAGAAGGGAAUAAAAACCUUUUUAAAAACUUUCAAUAAAUGAUCACCUGAUUUAUGUUAA